AUGUCUAAAACAACAAGGCACAUGGAGUUGAUGACUUGCAUUGAUUCCAUCUUAGAUAAACUGCGGCUGUUGGUUCCCCAGGGUGAUCUCUGCAAGUAUGAUCGUGCUUUGAAUGAGCUGAAGGUGGAGCUUGGGCUAGUGAAAACAUUCCUUCUGUGUCAGUGGAAAUUGGGAUAUUCCGGGGGUGACUUGGAAGAUUCUGUUCAUAAAAAUGGGCAGCAGUUUUACUCUCUUCUUCUUCGAUUCAAGGAUGAUGGAUUGUCCCCCAGCGACUUGGCUGGAUCAGCUUCAACUUUUGGAGAUAUUCUAAAGAGUUCUAAGCAACAAAUCAGGAGAUCCUAUGUCUGUGAUUCCGAUUCCUUACUGAAAUCCGUUGAUGAGGAUAGAAUCCGACGGAAUACAAGAGAUUUUGAGACAGACGGUUUCAGGAGGUAUAAUUGGGACAGGAAAAUGUAUCCCAGUAUGUUGGAUCGCUUAUUGGCAUCCAGUUCUUCUUUGACAGAUGAGUUCAUGGAAUUCUUCCACUCCUUGCUAGAGAAUUUUGUGGAUAUUCUCAAUUGGGGUGAAGCCUACGAUUCGGAACUUGAAAAGCUGUUGGAGCCCUUGCAAGAGAAGCUAGUAUUCCUCAAAAAUUUCACUCUCUUUGCCAGGUCGCAAGGCAAGCAGGAGCGGAAACUUAUGGAGCACAGUGGAGUUGUGGCUCUGUCUGCAGCCCAUCUUUGUCACAGUUGCUGGUUUUUCAGAGAUGAUAAUGAAGUUUUUGUUGAAAUCAGCUUCAAGAUUGAUGAAGUAAAAGAUCAGAUCAAGCCUGUUGUUGAGCAAGUCCGUUUGGCUUAUAUCAGCAUCUUGGAAUCUAAGUCUUCAUCACUUGGGAUGUCUACCAAGGCUAAUAUGUCUAUAGUGGGGGGUUUUGUAGGUUCUCUCCUAGGUAAUCUUUGGGAGUUUCUCGUAAAGUGUCCUACCUGGUUUACUUCAUCUCUAAAGCAUCAAAUUCGGAUACUCUACGAGGGACUGCAGUUCUUGAGAGGCAUUUUGAUGAAGCAGCAAGAGGAUUAUGAUGGGCUUCCUGGAGGAAUCAAGGAUCGCAUUGUGGCUGUGGUCAAUGAUGCUGGGAUUGUAAUUUUCUCACUAUAUCAGGACAAUAUCCGAGAAGCUUCAGCCAUGGAAAUAGAUCUUAAGCUCUUUUGUUUACUGGAGAAGAUCAAGCUUGUUAAGGCAGAAAUUGAGAAAAAGUAUCCUGCGGCAUCAAGGUCCAAAUUUCCUACAACCAAUGCAUUAGAGUUGAUCGAUCUUGUUCUAGAAAAGUUGAAGGAACUGGAAAGCUGUGAAGUUGAUCCAAUAUUUUCUUUUGCAAAGGGUGGAGUUGACUUCUUAAAUUCAUACUUGAACAAGAUCCAAUGCAUUAAAGUUGACCGACCUUUGGAAACAUUUACAUAUUAUGACAUGCCAUCCUGGAUCAUUGAUCUGGAGAAGCAGAUCCGGCUUGAAAAGCUCCGACAUCAAAAGAUGCAAGCUGAUGCCCCAUUCUUAACGUCAUUCUUGGAGAAUAAUUUGGAGCAGCACAUCAAGAAUGAAAAGCACCAACUUCAGACGAUGAAAGAUGAUCUUGUAUCUUUAAGAUCAUUAUUGGAAGGAAAUGGGGAGCAACACAACCAUCAGGAAGAUCCCCAUGCCCUUUGGAGUCGUGUCAUAGAGGUUGCAUUCAAGGCAGAAUUUGUUAUCGAAUCCUUACUAGUUGAGGAUAUCUCAUUCUACUCUCUGAUGUUAUUUGAUGAUAUUGCACAAGAAAUUAAGCUCGUCAAAAGUCUAGCCCAGGAAGCUACCAAGAUUCCGAGGCAUAUGACAUCACAAGUGAAAAGCAAGACGAGUGGAGCAUCUUACCAGGUGUCAUCAUCGAGUAGUAUCCCAACAGUCGAUAAAGCUGAGGUGGUCUUGCAGGAUGUGGAGCAAGCAAUGAUUGAUAAACUUAUAAAAGGUCUAAAGCAGCUGGACAUCAUCUCCGUUGUGGGCGUGGCUGGACUAGGCAAGACUUUUUUGGCACAAAGAGUUUACCGUGAUCCUAGAGUUACAUCUCACUUCCACAUUCAGGCAUGGUGUUGUAUCUCCCAAACAUAUUGCAAGAGAGAUUUGUUGCUUCAGAUUUUGGCAUGCAUUGAUCAGAAAACUCAAUUUUCUGAGAAGGAUGAUUAUCAAUUGGCUCUUGAACUCCGGCAACGCUUGUUGAAACAGAAGUUUCUCAUAGUUUUGGAUGAUGUUUGGGACAUUAAAGCAUGGAAUGCUUUAAAAUCUUCAUUCCCAGAGAAAAACAAUGGAAGCCGAAUUCUCUUAACAAGUCGACUUACUGAUAUUAUUGGCACACCUUAUCAUCUUAGGACACUUGAUGAAUCAGAAAGCUAUGAAUUACUACAGAAGAAGCUGGCAGUUAUUAGAGAAGAAGGCUAUUCCGAAGAACAAAAUUUUCUCGGGUGGAAAAUAGCAAAAACUUGUAAUGGGAUGCCUCUAUCAAUUGCCAUCAUAUCUGGUAUCCUUGCAACUCUCGAUCAAGCUGGGUGGGAAGAAGUCGCAAAAAUGGUGAGUUUAACUGCCAUGGUUGGUGCCACAGAACAAUGCAGCAGCAUACUAGAGCUGAGUUAUGGGCAUCUGCCUGACCAUUUGAAGCAAUGCAUUCUUUACUUUGGAGCCUUUCGAGAAGAUUCAGAAAUUUGUGUCCGGAGGUUGACAUGGUUAUGGAUCGCUGAAGGAUUUGUGCAGAAGAGCGGGUCGGAGUGCCCAGAGAAAAUAGUAGAAGGCUAUAUAAUGGCUCUAAUCAACAGAAGCUUAGUUAUGGUGGGGCAACGAAGAUGCGCAGGUGAGGUCAAGACCUGCCGCAUUCAUGAUUUGUUGCAUGUCUUUUGUGUGAAAAAAGCCAAAAAACAAAAUUUUCUACAAUUGGUGCGAGGGUAUGAUGAGGAUCUUACGUUUGAUGAGCCGUACAACCCACGUCGAUUAUCUAUUCAAGCUCAACCAAAGCAUUUCAUCAAAUCUAGGAUAAUUUGUCCCCAAAUACGCUCUCUAUUAUAUUCAUCUCGAGAUUUUGGGGUCCGCCAACUCCGGUGCAAUUUUGGUUUCAUUUUUCUCCUGAAACUUCUUAAUGUGCUAGACUUGGAAAAUAUUAGUCUAGGUUCAGAUUUUCCGAGGGAAUUAUGGUCGCUUGUUCAGCUGAGGUACUUGGCAGUUCUAGGUUGGCUCAAGAAUGGCAUUCCAUCCUCACUAGAAAAGCUCUCAAAUUUGGAAACUUUUCUUGUGAGAACAAAGGAUGAUGUUGGUCUUUCUUUGUUGCAAGAUACUCUUCUAAAGAUGCAGAAAUUGAGGCAUCUGCAUGUGUAUGGUGCUUUGAUUGAUAUUACAUUGGCCAAUGAUAACCUUGAAAGCUCCUCCAUCUUGAACAAUUUAGACUCUUUUUCAACUAUGAAGCUUUAUCUUGGGCAAAGCAUGGAAAAGAUGAUCAGAAAGUUUCCAAAUAUCCGCAGACUGAAAUGCUGUCUGCUACAGUCAGAGGAAUCUUCUUGUCAUGGCACAAGGAUUGUGGCAAUGGAUUUUCUGAGUCAACUAGAAUCACUAAAGCUGCUUCUGGGUAAAGUGACUGCGCAUCCCAUCGAGUAUCAUCUCCCCUCGAAUCUUACGAAGUUGACGCUGGAGGACUUCUCAUGGAGCAUAAUGUCCACAAUCAGAAAGCUAACAAAUCUCGAGGCUCUUAAAUUACUCCGACAAGCUGAUGGGGUAAAGGAGUGGGACAUGGAAGGCAAGGAAGAAGAGGAAAUCUUCCCUAAACUCAAGUUCUUGAAAUUGAAAGAUUUGAGCAUUGUCAAGUGGUUGGGAUCAGGAGAUCACUUUCCCAGUCUUGAGAGAUUAAUUUUGGAGUGUUGCGCGGAAUUGGAAGAGCUCCCUUCUCGUUUGCAGGAAACUUUAACUCUUCAAUUGAUUGAGGUGCGUGGAUGCCUCUUCUCUGCCGGGGAUUUAGUUCGAGAGAUUAAGCAACAGCAGCAGAUAGACUAUGGAAAUCAGGAUCUUAAAAUCCUUAUCUCAGAAGAAAUUGAGGAGUCAGAUGGAGAUUCAGAUGGAUGGUGA